UUCCUCUCCUGCAAGAGACUAACAGGAGCCACUGCUAAAUGCUGUGUGUGUUUUCCAGCCACCUUCUGAAAAUAAUAUGCACACACAUAUGCUAGCGCAAGUGGAUUUGACUCUGGGCAGUGAUGCUGUGUGCUGGAAUAAGGAGUGCUGCUGUUGAAACAGUGGAUGACUAAAACUGCCUUUUGCACUGACGGAAUGGCAGGUUCAGAGGGAGCAGUUCUUCUUCCUUCCGUGCUUGGGCUUUGUUGUUUUUUUUCUCUGUUCUUGCUACUGACUGCUCCUGCUCUCUCAUGCUUGACCAGCUUUUUGUGAAGACCUCCUGCUGGCACAGACACACACACACACACACACACACACACACACACACACACACACACGGUUUGUAAAGGUGAGUCGCUGCUGACUGCGAAGACAGGGCUGAAAUGGAGCGCUUCUUCGGGUUUGUCAAGCUGAUCAGGAGGUCCAGGAGACGCAAAGGCAAGAAGUAUCGCCCCGAGGAGGAUUACCACGAGGGUUACGAGGACGUCUAUUACUAUGCCUCGGAGCACCUGCAGAAUGAGGGACCGUAUUCCAAACCAUCCAACCCCUCAAAGCCACCAGAGGGAGCGCUGGCUGUUCGAAGGCAGAGCAUCCCAGAUGAGUUCAAGGGCUCUACAAUAGUGGAGCUGAUGAAGAAGGAAGGCACCACCUUGGGGCUGACGGUGUCUGGAGGCAUUGACAAGGAUGGCAGGCCCAGAGUGUCUAACCUGAGGCAGGGGGGCACCGCAGCUAGAAGUGACCAGUUAAACGUCGGCGACUACAUCAAAUCGGUAAAUGGGAUCAACCUGACCAAGUUUCGUCAUGACGAGAUCAUCAGUCUCCUGAAGAACGUCGGGGAGAGAGUGGUCCUGGAGGUUGAGUACGAGCUGCCACCAGUCUCUGUGCAAGGAUCGGGCGUAAUCUUCAAAACCGUCGAGGUCACGUUACACAAAGAAGGCAAUAACUUUGGAUUUGUUAUAAGAGGGGGCGCCCAUGAAGACAGGAACAAGUCCCGCCCUGUCGUCAUCACCACAGUUAGGCCCGGAGGCCCAGGUGACAGAGAAGGAACCAUUAAGGCAGGAGACAGGCUGCUGAGUGUGGAUGGGAUCCGGCUGCACGGGACGUCCCAUGCGGAAGCCAUGAGCAUCCUAAAGCAGUGUGGCCAGGAGGCGACACUGCUGAUUGAGUACGACGUGUCCAUGAUGGAUACAAUAGCAACUGCUUCUGGACCUCUGCUGGUGGAAGUUGCCAAAAGCCCAGGCUCCAGCUUGGGAGUUGCGUUAACUACCUCAAUGUACUGUAACAAGCAGGUCGUUGUCAUCGACAAGGUCAAACCUGCAAGCAUUGCCGACAGGUGUGGUGCACUGCACGUCGGCGAUCACAUCCUGUCCGUCGAUGGCACCAGCAUGGAGUAUUGCACUUUAGCAGAGGCCACCCAGCUCUUAGGCAGCACCUGUGAACACGUCAAACUGGAGAUUCUCCCUCACCACCAGACCCGGCUGGCUCUCAAAGGCCCAGAACACGUCAAGGUGCAGAGGAGCAACAGACAGCUCACCUGGGAUUCCUGUGCCAACAACAACAGCAACUUCCUCACCUACCAGCAUUAUAACACCUUCCACCCUGACCAUAGCAGGACGCAAGCCUUGAAAUACCAGAAACACUCUCCAAACAACCUUCCUGUGGUGUCGUUGUCCUCCUUCUCUCCUGCCUCCAUGAGCGUGUACAGCCUGAGCUCUCUGAACAUGGGGACCCUGCCUCGCAACCAGUACCCCACCAGCCCGCGGGGGACCCUCAUGAGGAGGAAGCUGAAGAAGAAAGAUCACAGGAGCUCCUUGUCUUUAGCCUCCAGCACUCUGGGUCUCUCCGGGCAGGUUGUCCACACAGAAACCACCGAGGUUGUCCUGGUCAGUGACCCCAUCACAGGCUUUGGGAUCCAGCUGCAGGGGGGGGUGUUUGCCACUGAGACCCUCUCCUCUCCACCUCUCAUUGCGUACAUGGAUCCGGACAGCCCUGCAGAAAGGUGUGGGAUCUUGCAAGUCGGGGACCGGGUUGUGUCUAUCAACGGGAUCCUGACAGAGGACAGCACCCUGGAAGAGACCAACCAGCUCCUCCGAAACUCCAGCAUCGCCAGCAAAGCCACGCUGGAGAUAGAGUUCGACGUCGCUGAGUCUGUUGUUCCUAGCAGUGGCACGUUUCAUGUGAAACUCCCUAAGAAGCAGGGAGUAGAGCUGGGAAUCACCAUUAGCUCUCCAUCCAGCAGGAAACCAGGGGACCCACUCAUAAUCUCAGACAUUAAAAAGGGCAGCAUGGCUCACAGGACGGGCACUCUGGAGCUUGGGGACAAGCUGCUGGCGAUCGAUAACAUCCGCCUGGAUAACUGCUCGAUGGAGGACGCCGUACAGAUUCUGCAGCAGUGCGAGGAUCUGGUCAAACUAAAGAUCCGCAAAGAUGAGGACAACUCAGAUGAGCAGGAGAGCUCCGGCGCAAUCAUCUACACGGUGGAACUGAAGCGAUACGGGGGGCCACUGGGGAUCACCAUCUCCGGGACCGAGGAGCCCUUUGACCCCAUCAUCAUCUCCAGCUUAACAAAGGGGGGGCUGGCAGAGAGGACUGGAGCAAUUCACAUUGGAGAUCGAAUCUUAGCGAUUAACAGCAACAGCCUGAAGGGGAAGCCAUUGAGUGAAGCCAUUCAUCUUCUACAGAUGGCUGGAGAAUCUGUCACCCUGAAAAUCAAGAAGCAAGGCGAGGGUGAACCAGUGACAAGCCCUAAGAAGAGCUCUGUAUCGGGGCAGCUCAGCGAGCUCAGUGAUGUGGAUGAUGAAUCUCUGACAGCGCUGCAGCCCGGCAAGCUGUCCGAUAUCUAUGGCACCACCAUCCCCAGCGUGGACAGUGCCGUCGAGUCCUGGGAUGGCUCCGGCAUUGACACGGGCUACGGGAGCCAAGGUCCAAGGUACCAGGCGUCUGGGUACAACUUCCACAGCCACGAGUGGAGAAACGCCAAACACAUGGGCAGCCUGUCCCCUGCCAGCCGCCAGAGGAACAACGCCUUCCAGGACAUGGGGCUCAGUGACGAUGAAUGGGACAGACCCACCACUAGUGGCUACACUGGCAUCAACGACGGCACUGAGCCUGACCAGGAGGAGAAUUUCUGGUCGCAGGCCCUCGAAGAUUUGGAGACAUGUGGUCAGUCUGGCAUCCUGCGAGAACUCGAGGACAAGCCUGACAGGCUUCUGAAUAAGAGAAACCUGGCCAUCUUGGCUACUAUCAUGUCCGGGAGUACAAUAAGCCUGAAUCAUGAGCUGGCCCAGCCUCGCAGUCUCCUGGGCAGGCAGGCCAGCUUCCAGGAGCGCAGCGCAUCCAGACCCCAGUACACUCAGGCCAGCCGCAGCAACACCCUGCCCAGCGCCGUGGGGAGGAAGUCUGUGGCCGUGAGGAAGAUCAAGCAGGAGAUGAAGGAAAUGAUGUCUCCCACACCUGUUGAGCUGCACAAGGUGACGCUUUACAAGGAUUCCGAUUUGGACGAUUUUGGUUUUAGCGUUUCAGAUGGCAUGCUGGAAAAGGGGGUGUACGUGAACAACAUCCGGACCAACGGGCCAGCUGAUCUGGGAGCCCUCAAGCCUUAUGAUCGGCUGCUACAGAUAAACCACGUGCGGACCAGAGACUUUGACUGCUGUCUGGUGGUGCCUCUUAUUGCAGAGUCUGGGAACAAACUGGACUUGGUGAUCAGUAGAAACCCCCUGGCUCGCCAGCAGGGGGUAGAACUGGUCCAGCCGCUUUUACAGCAGAGCGUCUCUGGAGAGUGGAAUGACCAGGGCGCCACGCUUCAGCAGCAGCAGCAGCCUGGACGAUUAGCGGGAAUCGAUAUGAGAGAGCCCACGAAAACCUUAUAGCAAAGCCAACUCUGAACGACUUGAGCGUUCCCACGGUGCUACAGCACUUUGAAUUGUGCUCCCCUGUGGUGACUGGGGCAGAUGUCUGUCAAGAGUCUAUAAUAAGCACAGUGAAUUUCCUAUAUUACCAGAGCAUGACCCACUGUUAUAGCCCUCGGACCCUACUAUCUCUCUUACCUAGGAUGGGUGUGUUUCAAACCUUUGUGAUGAUAAUGAUGAUAACAAAGUGCUUUUGGUAUGUGAAAAAAAGUGCCAUCCCUUAUUUUUAACCCAAGAAAUGUUAAAAGACUAUUGUGCUCACUUGAUUCAAAGAACAGAGCCAAGCAGAUGACAUGGAUGCUUUUGUGUUGCACAGACCAAUUUGUGUACAUGACUGUGGGGGUUUACGCCCUUCAAUCCAGACCCUCCUCCUAAGGGGACAUCCCAUAUACAAGACUAGUGAUUCCAGUAAUUCAGCAAGGUGAGAUAGAGGCCCUCCAGACCACAUUCCUGCCAGUGAAAACUGAGACAGCAGGUAUAACAGUGAAGGGAAAAAAACUGCUGGCUUUAAUCUUUAACUGCAACUGCACGGGACCUUCACUUUUCCAAAACACAUGAAUAUCGUGCUGAUACGGAACAGGGGGCGGGUACAUACAUUAGAGUAAGUAGCGGGUUUCCGGAAAAGAACCCUGCUCCUUCCUCUUUAAGAAUUACACUUCAGGAACAUGUUUCCCUUUGUCGAGGGCAUCCACUUAAAUGUGUUGCUUUAAAAGGUAAUCCUAACUCAUAAACUCAAGGCACGUGUAAGGGGAAUGCAAAUUGCCUAUUACAUUUGCCGUAGAAAAAUGUGCCUGUGAUUUGACCAUAAGGGAACAUAUGGGCCCAGGGUGUUUUAUGCAACUGGCCACAGUCCCUCAGCAAUCAGGAGACACUGUGAUGAAACAGGUGGCAUUGUAGCAGAUUGUUCAGCCUCACACUUGGGUCUUGCUUACACCUUCUUUUUAAGACAGUAAGCAUGAGGUGCUGCAGUUAACCCAAGCUGAUACAACUGUACUUUUUUUUUUACUCUGCAUCUUUUCCCAAUUUCAGUAAAUAUUUACUAUGCUAGUGUACAUGGAACUGAAAGUGUACAUUGAUGUGGCAUUGCAGCUUUGAGUUUGUGGUUAAGCAGCUGUUUACUGUGCUGCAGACUGUACAAAUAGAAUUGUGUGUAAGAUGGCACUGUACAGUAUAUGUGUUCUGAGAGUUUUGGGGUCUGGUAAAUUUGCUGAAUUAGAUGAGCCCGUAAUCCAUUUUUUCCAACAGAAAUACAAUGGGUUUAUUUAUUUAUUUAUUUAUUGAUUUUUAAAGUUUGUCCAUAAGAUUUAAAUAUUUUAAAAACACAGGUAGAAAAUGCAGUGGGAGGGGGGAGCCAUGUGUGUUCAGAAUGAUUAAAAUACCUGUGCAUUUGUGACAGUGGCUUGUUGACUGCUGUUCCCCUUAUGUAGUCAGUGACUAUAGCACACCCAGCUCCACAUUUCUCAGCAAAUCUCACAGUAAAAUACCCCUCGUUUCAGCACCCUGAAUAAAAUGCCAAUAUGGCCCACGACUUUCCAGAACACCCUGUAGUGUUUAAACAAACUUUGCCUGUGUUGUGUUCUGUGGCUCUGGCAUCAGCGUUGAUUUUGGGUACAGGAGGGGGUUCACCCAGGACUUAAGUACAAAUAACAACACAACUGCGUGACAUAGAUAUACAGUAUAGGGGUGUUCUGUAACCCUUUCAUUCAACACAACUGUGACAUUUUAACUAAUAUUUCACUGCCAUGUUUGUAAUCUAGCAAGGCUAUUAUAUAUAUAUAUAUACACAUACAUACACACACACACACACACACAGAGCAUCAAAAGAAACGUAUCACUUAUAUUUGGAUAAAAUUCACUAGUUGUAAUCGAAAAACGACCAGUUGCAGUAACUUUUUUGUGCUAAUUAACAAUUUACAUUACAAAGAUGCUGCAAAAAAAUAGCUGGUUGUGAGCACCCAAGAUGGAGAGCCACAAUACGCUGCCCUAGUCCAGCC